GGGAGGACGAGGUGAGACGAGAGGACACGGGGGGUGGGGGGGGGGGAUUAUGUCCACCCACAACGGGUCUCCCGCGGGAUGGAGCGGCAGAGCGAGGAGAGGUGGUGGCUCGCUCUGCGACAACGAUGUGAAGGAGAAUGGUAGUGGUGUUGAUGGUGAUGGUGGUCAGGAGGAGGAGGAGGAUGAGUGGAGCCUUCUUUCAGAAGAGGAGCGUGAAUGUCUCCGUUACUUUGACGCCACGGUCGAGUCCGCGGCUGCACCGGAACCUCCGGGCGAAGGGGACCCGCAAGGGGACCCCCGAAAACCCCGGGAGGCGAGGAGGAGCGUCCACCACAACCACCACCACCACCACCACUCCAACCAAAAGCAUCACGAGAACGGGCUGGAAGAUGACGCGGCUGUGAUGAGGUCUCCGAGGGAGAGCGGCGGGCACGCGGGGAGACAGGGGACCCCCCCCGGGACCCCCCCCGGGACCCCCCCCGGGACCCCCGCGACCCCGGGGUCCCAGGGAGAGGGGGACGCGGAGCUGGGUGCUGAGGAGAUGGCGGCGCUGCGCUACCUGGACGCGAGCAUCCGGCACGGAGAGCAGGAAUUGCGCGACUUCCCUGACCCCGCGGGGAUGGCGCCCGAGGCCCGGGCCGUGCUUCCCGAGGCCUUCGGUGGGGACGCGGGCCCCAGGAGUCGGAGGCCAUUCCUCUUCCCGCGGCCCAGCGUGCGUCUGCCCGACGGGAGGCCAAGCGAUGCCGAGACGGUGUCGAGAGGACGGGGGAGGAGCGCGGACGACGAGCGGAAUGAGGAUGAUGAGAGGAGGGAUGAUGAGGAUGCGGGGAACGAGGAGGACAAGGCGGAGGAGGUUGACGAGGUGACUGACGUGUCUACCGGGCCCCACCGCGUCCGCGCGCAGCUCCGAACAACAGGGACGAGAGGAGUGGACGAGGAAGGCGGAGAUGGAACGCGUGGGCUUGGACGAGGAGGUGGAGGCGGUGGCAGCGGUGCAGGCUGCGGACGAGUUGGAGGAGGAGGUGGUGGCGGCUGUGGAGGAGGUGGUGAUAGAAUGCGUGCUGACGUAGGGAGGGCAGAUGGAGAGCGUGGUGAUGGUGGACGAGGUGGUUGUGGAGACGGAAGGCCUAAUGGAGGCGGUGGAGCACAGAGGCUGGAGAACCAGGGACCUGGAGUCGAACCUGAGAGAUGCCGGGGCACGGGCGUCGUGCGGCGCUGCUCCGUAAAGUUCCCCGCAGGACCCGGGCAGGAUCACGCCCGGCAGGAGGCCCUAGCCAGGCUGGGGCUCCUCAAGAAGGACUCCGUGGGCAAGGGGGACCCGCGGGGCCCGCGCUCCCCGCAGUGCGGCCCGAGGGGGCCCGCUCGCGCCCCGUCACCGGGUCCCCCCCUCUCUCCGGGGCCCUCGAGUCCCACAGGUUCCGCGAGCCCCACCAGCCCCAUGGGGCCCUCGAGUCCCACAGGUUCCGCGAGCCCCACCAGCCCCACGGGGCCCUCGGGCCACGCCGGGGACGGUAGCAGGGGCCCUGGGCGGGCAGGCAGGUCCCCUCCUCGCGGGCAGCAGGGGCAGCAGCGGCCGGGCCUGAGGCCCUCUGGCAUCACGGUUCACUUCUCACCGCGCGGACGCGCCGCAGAGGAGGAGCACAGAGAGGCGCUGAGGAAACUGGGGCUGCUCAAGGCCUGAGCCAUCGAGGUGAUGACCCCCAGUCUGGGAGGGUGGUGGUGGUGGAGCCGGGGGGGGUCCCUCUUCAAGUGUUUAACUUAGGUGGAGGAAGUCAGGCAGGGGACCACGAGAGGGGGGAGCAAGGGGAUUCCCCCAGAGGGGGGUUCACCCGAGAUGACACCACACACACACACACACCAGGGGGUGUGAGGUCUGUGGUGGCCACGUUCCUGGACACCACAGGCCAUGCCCGGCCCCGACAAACUCCCCACCUCCUCAACAGCACGCAACCUUCACGGCGCUCGAUGAUGGGGAUGAUGUUGAAGGAGAGGAUGAUCGUUGAUGAUGAGGAUUAUGCUGUGGAUGAUGACGGUGACGAUGAUGUUGAGCUGACGGCGUCGCGAGAAUAUUUAUACCGCAGAUACGUUCUGGGAUUACAGUAUAGUCGCUCUCAUAUAUACGGCACAGUACAUGCAUAGAGUGUACCAUACAUAGAGACACACAAAGACGGGAAGAUGUGCUCUCACUCGCACAAACACAAGGGCGCACCGACACACACAGACACACGUAGUUACUUACACAGACACCAAACACGUGCACAUAGACAAGUCACACACAGACACACGUAGUUACUAACACAGAUACCAAACACGUGCACAUAGACAAGUCACACACAGACACACGUAGUUACUUACACAGAUACCAAACACGUACACAAAGACAAGACACACACAGACACACGUAGUUACUUACACAGACACCAAACACGUGCACAUAGACAAGACACACACAGACACACGUAGUUACUUACACAGACACCAAACACGUGCACAUAGACAAGACACACUCAGACACACGUAGUUACUUACACAGAUACCAAACACGUGCACAAAGACAAGACACACACAGACACACGUAGUUACUUACACAGACACCAAACACGUGCACAUAGACAAGACACACACAGACAGGUAGUUACUAACACAAAUACUAAACACGUACACA